AUGCUGUUGCUCAAGCUGAGUUUUGAGUUUGCGGGAUCCAGCCUUGCUUCGGUGAUCUUCGGUGUCAUCGACAUGUCCCUUUCGCACGAAGUGAAGGUGCAGCUGCAGUCCUUUCUGGAGGAAGCUGCCGACGGAGAGAAAAUGGUUAAAGUGGUUGAAGCCACCUUGGACUUGCUCAGGAAGAACCACCUGCUGUCGACCAUGAAGCUGGAGCCCAAGCUGGUGGGGGUUCACCCCAGUAACCGAGACGGUUACGGGGUGAACCCCCAGGACGUGCUGGACCUUGUGGACAGCAUCAUCGAUGUGGGGUUCGUGAAAGGCCGAGUGCAUGCCGUAGGCGUGGAAGUUGAAAGCCAGCACGUGAGGGACUGGAACUCCAAUCUCUUCGCUUCGGCCAACGGGGGCCUCGGCUCCAUGGAGCCGGAUCUCCUCAAGGUGACCAGCAUCUGCGGCUCUCACACCAACUCGGCCUUGCGACUUUUUCGCGAUGCCGUGCCACACUCCAACGAGCUCGUGUGCACCGGGGGGCGAUUGAGCAUGGAGAUGCUGAAAAAUCGCGAUCCUGCUUUCCACGAAGCCGCGACCGAAGGCUUGUCGUGGGAUGUAAUCUCUGCAGCCGUCGCCCGCGAGGUGCCCGAAAUCCUCGAGCUGGUCUCCAGGUCGGGCAACACCUCCCUGCAGAGGGGGGAGCAUGAACUCCAAGUCCUUCGCCGAAUUCAUGGCCUCUACUGUAAGAUGCAGGCUUCGGGCCAGACCCCCUCGUUUGCUUCUCUGAAGAAGCAGAUCUUGGCUUCGAAACCGAAGUGCGGGGUAUCCGUCCCUCACAUGUACUCCUACUGCCUCAAGUGCAGCGGGGGCCAAGAGGCCGUACAUCUCAAAGAAACGGAGCUCUUUGUGCGAGCAUGCUGCCCUUCCUCAAGACAGCUGGGGCCGGAUCUGUGGCAGGCUUUGUCCAUGGAGAUCAAGGGGCAUGGCUCCGAGGCCGUUGCUUGUUUUCGCAACGGCCUCGUCAAGUCGGCAUACGUGCGGCAAAACGUCUCUGUGGGGGACUGCCGGAAGCUCGCUGCGAACUUCACGAAGGUGAAAGAAGCAGACGAGAUCAUGUUGGCUGUGCGGGCCAUGCUAACAGAGCAACUCGGGGAGUGGAAGGAUGCCGGCCUGGUGAAGGCCCUUGCAACCAUGGACAUGUGCAUGUGCAGCAUGGUCCUUGGCUUGAAGCAGAAGGGCGAGAAGGACUACAGGACCUUGCAGGCCGUGGCCCAUGAUUUCUGCCUUGUGGCCCAGGAGCUCACUGGGAGGAGCCUUCCCUUGAAAUGGCAAGGCUUCGCCGAGGCAACAGCAGCACCUGCAGCGGCAAAGGCAUCGUCGUCGAGUGCACCGGUGCUGCUUGAGUUGGAUGAGCAUGGUGCAAUCAAGAAUCCGGUGGGUUUGCUGGAAUCCCGAGGCUAUGCAUUGGGCAGCAAUGUGAGGAGGCGAGCUGACAAGACCACUGGCAAGAUCCAAGAUGUGAAAGGCGGCCUUGUGUACAUCCAGUUGGACUCCGGCGACGUCGCGAAGGAACCCAUUGACAAGAUUCUGGGCAACGAGUGGGCCGUCUUCACCCCCAAAAGUGAGGCAGAGGUACUGGAAGAUUUGAGCAUCUACAGCCCUUCAACGAAUGUUGAGCUCCAGGCCUUCAUGCUCCAGGCAGAGAUCGCGAGGCAGCUUCAGAAACUUUUUGAUGAACAGUCCUCUGGCAUCGACAAGCUUGCCUUGCAAACGAAGCCCCAGAAGCAGCUUCAGGCCUCGCAGGACAUCCCCAAGGGAAAGGUGACAUUGGUGCCAUUGACGAGCAAGAUCCUCCACAAGGGCUCCAGCCAAGCGAGCUGGUUCGAGGUGACGACGGACUGGACGAUGGAUGCGAGGAAGUUCUACCUGAGCUCCUCUUGUGUGCUGCCCAAGGAAGAUGAUGACAAGAUCAAGCCUCUCAUAGUCCCGUUUUUCUUCGUGAACUACACAGAGGACGAGGACGAGGCCAACGUGAAGUUGCAGCCCAUGCAAGCAGAAAAGUCUUCCUCCAUCAAGAUCCCCGUCUUCAAAAGCACCAAGAAGAUUGCUGCCGGGGAGGUCGUUUUGUGCUAUAAGGCCAAGGACCUUAAAGCUCCACCCCUCCACCUCUCCCCCAGUGCGGCGAAGCGAUCGUCGUCCGGCGGAGUGGCAGUUGCAGCGAAGAAGAAAGCGAAGAAGUUCGCCAUGGCAGAGGAUCCAACUUUCGAAGUGGAGACUCGCAAGAUCAUCUUUUUCGGCAAGCAUGAGUGGUGCCCCACUCAGAAAAUAGUCGAGGAGCGGACCUUUUUCUCCUUCACGAAGUGGUCUGCACAGCUGACUCGCAUGAUGACCGGCAAGCGACUUCAGCUUGGGGGUGGGCGGGCUGCAGAAAGUGGUUCCUUGAACGUGCCAGUGAUCGGCAAGAUCUUGGAAGCCCGGCAGUCGGCCUGCGACAAAGCCCUUGAGGAAGCUCUGAAAGUCGAGGAUGGGUCGGGCGACGAGGAUGAGAAGCCGAAGAAGAAAGCCAAGAAAACCAUUCGAAGGUCAUCGGCCAAGGACCUCCACCUCCUUCCUGAAAUAGUGGACGUUUCGGUGGCUGAAUUCCAGAUGUCCUUGCUUUCGGAGGGGCUGUCGACUGGAACGAUCUGGAUGGAGCUCCGUCCCGAAAACCUCUCCUGGCUCAAGUCUUGUGUCGACAAGGAAGAGGCAAAGCCUCGUCAGAAGAAGGGGGCUGGGUCCUGUUUUGCCAUGCUGGCUUUCGGCUUUUUGGAUGGCCACCUGCCAACGGCGGAGGAGGCGGAGAGCUUCGAAGCCUGCGGCCUCAUGGAGCCGUUCACGAACAAGGCCAAGGGCAAGUGGUACAACGACAAAGGAGCCGGGAUCAGCUGGUCCGCCACCAUGGGGUGGAAGGUCCUGGGUGCUGGAGGAGAGAUCUUGUGGACCCACCCGGAGAAGCAGCGGGAGGAUGUGCCGACCAGUGGCUGGGUCUACUGGGACGGCACACCCGGUGCGAUCUGUGUGGAAGGCACAUCUUAA